AUGAGUUGGGCUGGAAAAGCUGCGUUCCUUCCGAAAUUUCCAUUUCCUCCUGGUAGGUUCACUGUUGAUAGGUUGAUCAGUGCUGGCACCAUUGUUCGUCGCAAAGCAAUUCUGAGCAGCUUGCUCGCAUUGCUGCUUUUGUUAGGGGACAGCAAAGUGGGCAGCUUGUUUAGGGGCCUGCUGCAUUGGGGGCUGCCAAAGUGCAUAACUGUCCAUGGCGUCGGUUGGGCAUGCGAAGGCAGCUGGUUUUGUUAGCCAGCUUGCCCCUUUUUCCAACAGGGGUGCAGGUCAAAGCCAUCUUGCCAGCAGCAGCCUGCUGUUUCCGCUCCUGAUCAGAGAACGCAGCUGUGGCUGCCCUCUGCAGAUCUCCCUAACCAGCAGAAAGCCUUCUUUUAGCAUCUUCCAACAAGUAUCUUACAACUUUGAUGCUCGUGACAGAAACCACAGACGUCCAGCCCCGGCGCCGUCGCCAGGUUUCAACAGGUCCAAGCAGCGGACACAAGUUUCCAGAGGCAGACGAAGAGUUACAGCGGCUGCCGGCAGCUCCGACACCUCUCCUCCCUCUACCCAGAGCUCUGACUCUCCCUCACAUCCCCAACCUUUUGGAGACUCCUCAGCAGCAGCUAUCCCUCGAUCGGUGCCUUGGCCGGAUCCGAGCCGACCAAGAAUAUGCAUCGUCGGAGGCGGGUUUGGGGGCCUGUACACUGCGCUCAGGCUGGACUCGCUGACGUGGCCUGGCGACAAGCGGCCGCAGAUCAUGCUGGUGGACCAGUCGGAGCGCUUUGUGUUCAAGCCCAUGCUCUACGAGCUUCUUAAUAGAGAGGCUGACCCCUGGGAGAUUGCCCCACCCUUCAGGGAGCUUCUGUCCAGGACAAACGUCCGCUUCCUGAAGGGCAAAGUCAAAAGCGUAGCUCCAUACGAUAGGGAAGGGGAGGUCAUGCCUGCCGUAGGCCCAGGGGGAGUGGUCCGGCUAGUGAGUGGGGAGGAGAUUGCAUAUGAUUGGCUCGUGUUGGCCCUUGGGGCAGAAAUGAAGAUGAGCUUUGUGCCCGGUGCCAAAGAGAACGCCCUGCCAUUUUCGACCUUGGAAGAUGCGCAGCGGGUAGACAAGCAACUGUCAAGGUUAGAGGCUGACCUGCGCAAGCAGCGGAGUCAACGGCAAGCCCCGCAGCCGUUGCGCAUAUCAAUCAUUGGUGGAGGGUACACUGGCGUCGAGCUUGCAUCUACAGUGGCAGAGCGGUUUGGCUCCCAAGCAAGGGUCCAGAUCAUUGAGCCGUCUGAAACCAUUGUGGCCAGCGGGGUGCAGGGCAACAGGGAAGCGGCAAAAAAGGUCCUUCAGGAUCGGAACGUGGAGCUUGCGCUAGGCUACCGUGUUACGACAAUUCGGGAAGCCCCCGGGCGAACGGCCGAGUCGACAAGGGCGUAUCUGGAGGUUGAACACGUGGCAAGCGGUGUUGGCAAGCCGACCGAGAUGGAGGCGGAUCUGGUACUCUGGACGGUGGGAACCAAGGCUGUUGCCCCCGAGGGCGACGCAAGCCACCAGCCGUUUCCGCUCAACAGCCGAGGCCAGACCGAGACAGACGAGACGCUCCGGGUGAAGGGCCACCCCCGGGUGUUCGCACUGGGGGACGCGGCCGGGGUGGCCAGCAAGCAGGGCGUAACGCUCGCCCCGACGGCCCAGGUGGCGUUUCAGGCGGCGGAUUACGUCGGGUGGAACAUUUGGGCCGCGAUCAACGGUCGGCCGCUGCUGCCCUUCAGGUACCAGCACUUGGGGGAGAUGAUGACCCUCGGAGCCAAGGACGGAACCGUGACGUUGAACCUACCCGGCGGGCUGACGUUGGAGGGACCGUUAGGGAGCAUAGCGAGAAAAAUAGCCUACGCUUAUAGAAUGCCAACGACGGAGCACAAGAUCCGGGUAGGCCUCAGCUGGGCGACCCGGGCAGCCUUCGAAACGGCCUCGAGCAUCCUGCCCUCACUCGCUACGAUGUUUCGCUAGAGGUCAAGGUCUUCUCGUCCUCACCUACUGCAGGCCAACGGCCUAUGCUUCGGAUGGAUGGACGUGGUUGAGGCUAGCAAAGCAGCAUCGAUUGAUUUGGCUUUGUAAAACAUCUGUACUUGGUCCAGUUGCAUAGAUCUGAUUGCACAAGUAACGAAGUAUUAGAAUCUUGUCGCUGACAAGAUGUUGGUUGUUUCGAGUAGAUGUUGGUCGUUUCUUAGAGGGCCUUGUAGAAAUGCAUUUCAAAGCAUGUUUUCAAUGGUCGGAACAUACAUGUUAACUGAAGCUCAGCAUGGUACGUGGGAAUCUAACAUGGAUGACUUGUGCUUGCUUGGCCAGGAAUCUGGAGAAGAAAGUUGAAAGUUCGAGUUUGUCACGCGUGAGCCGGUAAAAUAUAAUGCAU